AUGCCUCCACGCUUCACCCACCGAAAGUCAACCACCGGGUGUCUCCGAUGCAAGGCCCGGAAGGUGAAAUGCGAUGAGCAACGCCCAGACUGCAGCCACUGUACUCGUCAUGGGGUCACAUGUGAAUGGCCUACUUUAAAACCCCGGAUGUAUAAUCCGGAUAAGCCAAAGGCUGUUACCAGACGCGUGGUUCAGCCAAGCCCCCGACCCAGCCUGCCAUCCCCAGAACUCGGGUCGAUGCGCAUUCUCGAGAUGAGGCUGGUUCAUCAAUGGGUCACGGAAACAUGCAACACGAUGAGUUCCGCUAAAAUCCCCACCAUGGCCCGAAUGUGGGGGGUGUCAGUGCCAAAGAUGGCAUUUGAGUACGAGCCACUUCUGCACACUCUGCUAGCGCUAGGGGCCGCCCAUCGCUCAACUCUAUUACCCCAAGAAGCAAGUGCACUGCGCCCGGUUUAUCACGGCUACAUUGAUUCGGCGAUUCAGCGGCACCGCCCAGUGACUGCUCAAUUGGACGAAACCACAACCGAUGCUGUCUGCUUUAAUACGGUUCUUCUGUCAUUAUACACAUUGUUCCUUCGGUCGGAACCCUCGAAGCUGCCUUACAACCCACCGGUAAUGUGGCUCACAUUGGCUCAAGGUAUUCGAACGGUCAUCAAAUCGGUCUAUACCCAGUUGGUUGCGAACAACUCCCCGUUAUGUCCAUUGCUUUUCGCUGCACCGGAUGUGUGGCGAAGUGCCGACCGCGAAGAGCGGAUCUAUACCGGGCCAAUGAAACCACUGCAGUUCCUCCUUCAUUAUCGCCAAGAGGACGAUGCAAUGGACCAAGCGACACUCGAAGUCUAUGAAGAGGCGGUCGCAUAUAUAGAACGAUUUUACAUAGCUGUGCAAAAGGGUGAAGAGGACUAUCUGCUUCGCCGAAUGUUCAGCGGGUUCCCCCCUGUAAUCCCGCAAGCCUACAUUGGUUAUGUGGCCGCCCGACGCCCUCGGGCCCUGGUGAUCUUGGCUUACGCUUUUGCACUGAUCCACGAACAUGAUGAUAUUUGGUGGCUUCGCGGGAUUCCCGCUAGGGAGGUGGAAGGAAUUAAUAGCCUCAUUCCUCCCGAUUGGAAGUGGCUGAUGAUUUGGCCAUGCCAUGUCAUAGCCGUUGGGUCGGCACAAGGCCAGGAAGUCCCUAUUCCUCGGACCAGUACUGUCGUAUCGGAAGUACACACACCGUCACCCAUCCAAGUCACAUAA